AUGAGUCAGAUUUAUAUCACUUUGCUCACAGCUGAUUGGUCCAAAUUGGGUUUGAGUUUUCUUACCCAGAAUAAAACCAGUUCUGGAGCAGGAGUUCAGGCUCAGCACAGUGUAACGCUCUCCUCGCAGAGUCUCUGUGCUGUUACUGGAUCUACAGUAAAAAUCCCCUGUACAUUUACACCUGAUAACUCCAGUGUCACACAGACAGAGUGGUAUCGAGUCCAGAGCUCUGAAGGAGAACCACGAGACCUGAGCAAAGAUCCACAAUACUCAGGACGAGUGUCUGUAAGAACAGUGACGUCUGACUGUGAGCUGACAGUGAGGAAUGUGAGAGUGAGUGACUCUGGAGUUUAUAACUUCAGAUUUAAAACACACAGCAGUGACUGGAUAUCAGCUCCAUCUGGAGUUCCUCUGACUGUUCCAGAUCUGAAGGUUACAGUAUCAGACUUGGAGAGCUACAAGUCACUGAGCUGCAUCACCACCUGCCCCUACAACACCACUUAUGUCUGGUACAGGAACGGACAGUUUAAAGUUCAACAGGACAGAGGUGAACUGUAUGUCACUAGUGAGGAACCAGGCAGCUACUCCUGUGCUGUAGGAGGACACGAGGAGCUUCGCUCUCCUGCUGUCUGUGUUUUUGAUGAGAAGAGCUGCUGGAAUGUGACGUACUCCACCCAGAAUAUCUGCUCUCUGAUUGGCUCAUCAGUGGACAUACUCUGUGAUGUCACUUUUACUGAUCAUUACAAGGUCACAAAAGUGGUCUGGUUCAUUAAAGAUCAGACUGAUGUUGAACCUGUGGAUGUGAGAGAGGAUGAGGAGUAUCAGGGCAGAGUGCAGUACACACAGAUCUCCCAGAAUAACUGUAGUCUGAGAAUCACUAACCUGAGAGAGAGAGACGCUCAGACAUACAGAUUCAGAUUCUACACUGAUGGGGGUAAUUACACCGGUGAUCCUGGAGUCUCUCUGUCUGUCACAGAUCUGAAGGUUACAGUAUCAGACUGGAGUGAGCAGUACAUGAAUCUGAGCUGCAUCACCACCUGCACUCUGUCUAACAACCCCACUUACAUCUGGUACAAGAACGGACAGCGUGUGUCUGAGUGUAAAUCUGCCUCCUGCUCUGUAGCUGCAGUCGGUGGUGCGGUCAGUUACAGCUGUGCUGUUGAAGGCCAUGACAGUCUCCUCUCUCCUCCAGUGUAUUCCCCUAAAAACACCAGAGCAGUGGUUCUUUCCUCUGGAGACACAGUGGAGGGGGAUUCAGUGACUCUGAGCUGUAGCAGUGAUGCAAACCCUCCUGUUCUCACCUACUCCUGGUUUAAACAGAGAGCAGCUGCAGACACACUGCUGACAACAGGCCAGAAUUACAGCAUCAGCAACAUCAGCUCCCAGCACAGCGGACUGUACUACUGCACUGCUCACAACCAGCUGGGACAGCACAACUCUACACCCACACUCCUGGAUGUGAAGGGUAACUCUACACCAACACACCUGGAUGGGUCAGAUAAUUACACAGUGUUAAUGCUCGUCAUGGUGGGACUGGUCGCCUUCCUGGCAGUAACACUCCUCUCAGGAGCUCUGUGGAUGUGGAAGAGGAAGUCGAGCUCAGCUAAUGGCCACAGCAGCACUGGUGAGAGUGGACAGUGUCACUCUCCUGCUGUUUAUGAAAAUGUCUCAGCCUCAGGCCGCAGUGGAAGAGUCGCCUCAGAUGAUCAGGAUGACGUUCACUAUGCCAGUGUUGUCUUUAAAAACUCCCACACACAGGAAGUGUCUCCGUCAUGCAGACUUCCUCCAGACACCACAGAGGAAGAGGAUGUUCAGUACGCUGCUGUGAACGUUAGCAGGAGCACUGCUGCCAUCCAGCUUGUGGCAGACGAAGCGGCUGAUGAUCCGUCUCAGCUCUACAGCAAGAUCCAGAAACUCCCCACUUCAGCAGUGUAGCCCAUCAUUAGUCCUGUGGCCUGGGAUCUAAAAGCUAAAGAGGUAGCACUUCAGGUUCCUGGAAAAAAGCUGAGAGAGAUGUGAUAGUUCUGUCCUGUAUCUCUGUUUUAACCCUCAACACUGCUUCCAAAUCUAACAGGAGAAGAGGGACGGCUUUUUUGUUUUUUGUCUUUAAUUUAUUUAUUCAUUUUUGUUACACCACGGCCAGCAGAGGGCACUGUGGCACGGCUCCGGACUGGUCACAUGACUGUUUUGUUUUCAUUCGCUUUCUGCCCGAGUUCUAAUUUCUGUUUUGAGGUUGUGCUUGAUUUAACCCAGGUGUAUUUGGUUUAGUUUAAUUAUGUUGGGUAUUUAAACCCCUCGGGUCUAUGCGCACGUUAUUAUUUGUAGUUAGAAUACUUGUGUGAGAAGGCUCAGUCUGAACGGUGUAGCGGCUAGCUUUAUCAUGCUAAGCGGUCUUUGUUUUCAUGUCCUGUUUUCUGCCUCGACUCUAGUUCCAUGUUUUCUCGUUAACUCUAGACAGACCGCGUUCCCGUGUUUGUUUGUUUGUGUCAUUGAUUUAUUAAUAAAGACAGUGCUCCUGCACUUA